AUGUUAACGGUGGGUGGUAAGAGAUUCUACCAGUUUGGCCCGAAUAACACUCGUGAUAUAGUAGACUCUACCAAUAUCAUUGUUUUCUUCGCUGAAAACAUGAUAGAACCACUUAGAGCUGCCAGUACAUGGUCAAUCUUUGAGAUGACAGCUAUUAUAGCAUUCUCAACAGUAUUUCCCAAUGCUAGAAUGAUUGGCUGUAUGUUUCAUCUGGCACAAAGUGUUCAGAGGAAGCUUGACUCAUCUUGCUUUGCCUCUGAGUAUACGACCAAUCUGGUUGUUAAGAGGUAUGCGCAAGCUUUGAAUGGCUUAAAUGGAAUCAUCUCAAUGUGCCAGAGCAACUUCCUCGCACGAAUAAUGUCUUCAAAUCUUCGUUCGGCAGACUGA